AUGCAGCAUUGCCAGGACGACCAAUUCUGGUUCCGGGAGAAGCGACAGUCGCUUGAGCUGAAAAUGGAAGCUCUGGAUCAAAGCAAGCACAUCGUGGAAACCGCCUUGGCAGCGACCACCCUUGCUAUAAAGGCAUUGGCGCGCAAUAUCCAUACCUCCCUGCCGGAGAGCGAACAGGCUGCCCUCCAGUCUGACCUGCAAACCCUCGAGGAAUGCUUCGAGGAGCUGGUUCGGCAAAGCAACAACCGCGACGAAGACAUGUCCGGGUUUCAGGAGAAUACUCGAGCAAUCAUGGGUCGAGGAAGCACUCUCCCAGAGCGCUUCCAGCAGCGGCACUAG